CCUCCAGCAUAGGUCUCUAAAAAUCAAAGGUAGGUCCCAUUAUGGCCUGAGAGAGAUCCCACAUCUGGAGCAGCCAACCCACUAAUGUUGGUGCUACCCGGGGAGAUGCAAAGCAAGAGCCUCUGAGACAUUUGAGUCCUCCACAGCUUCCUUCUCAGCAUGUGCUUGAGGUGACGGUGACAUGGCUGUGCCUCCGGCUUUCCCACCGGGGUCCCUUCAUGAGCCUGCAGGUACCCUGGUGGAGCCCCAGCUCUGCCCUCGAAGCUUGGCUGAGGGCUUCCUGGGGGAGGAGCUUCGGCUCAAUGCUGAGCUGAGCCAACUGCAGUUUUCUGAGCCUGUGGGCAUUAUCUACAAUCCUGUGGAAUAUGCCUGGGAGCCACAUCGCAGCUACGUGACCCGCUACUGCCAGGGCCCCAAGGAAGUGCUCUUCUUGGGCAUGAACCCAGGACCCUUUGGCAUGGCCCAGACUGGGGUACCCUUUGGGGAAGUGAGUGUAGUCCGGGACUGGUUGGGAAUUGGGGGCUCUGUGUUGACCCCUCCUCAGGAACACCCUAAGCGGCCAGUGCUGGGACUGGAGUGCCCACAGUCAGAGGUGAGUGGUGCCCGGUUCUGGGGCUUUUUCCGGAACCUCUGUGGACAGCCCGAGGUUUUCUUCCGUCACUGUUUUGUCCACAAUUUGUGUCCUCUGCUCUUCCUGGCUCCCAGUGGGCGCAACCUCACCCCCGCUGAGUUGCCUGCCAAGCAGCGAGAACAGCUUCUUGGGCUCUGUGACGCGGCUCUUCGCCGGCAGGUGCAGCUGCUGGGGGUGCGACUGGUAGUGGGAGUGGGGCGGCUGGCGGAGCAGCGGGCACGGCGGGCUCUGGCUGGCCUGAUGCCCGAGGUCCAGGUGGAGGGGCUCCUGCACCCCUCCCCUCGGAGCCCACAGGCUAACAAGGGCUGGGAGCCAGUGGCCAAGGAGAGACUGAAUGAGCUGGGGCUACUGCCGCUGCUAACGAAAUGAGCGCCCCUGGGGCCCGGCAGAGGGACACAUUCAAGGCCCCCAGGUCCUUCUUGGGCGAGCAGAUGACUACCCGCCUCCUGGACUGGAGCAGGAAGAUCCUCCUCGGCUGUCUGGUUGCUGGGACCUGCCAAGGCAGUUUUGACACUACUACGACUUGCUCUCCUGAUUCCUGCCUUCUUCCCCUUCCUUUGAGCAUUGCCUUUUUGGAACCGAACUCCACAGAGAGGCAACACGGCAACACUGCAAACUGCUUACUUCACUGUUUCCUUGAGAGCCUCUGUUCAGCUGAGUGACCUCCAAGGUCAUAUUUGCUAUUUUAGAGAAGAGAUCCUGCCAGGAUGCGCACCCACUCUCACAGAGCAGUGUUCUUCAGCUGACCCCUUUCCUCAGUGUGGCAGAGUGGGGAAGGCUCGAAGACCUUUUGAGACUUGUGAACCUGACUUCGGGCAUGUUGAUUAACCUCUCCAACCCUUGGGAUCCUCAUCCGUAGAGUGGGGAUCCCUACCUCAUGGGGUUGGUGUGGGGAUUAACUGAGAUAACACUUAAAGUGCCUUGUGUGGUGCCUGGCACAUAGAUGCUCAUUACACCUCUUUUUUUCUUGCCUCCGGUUGGGGAGUCACUGCACUACAAGGGAAGCCCCUCCACUUGAAGGCCUUGGGGAGAAGUCUUAGCCUCCAUCUGUGGCCUGGGUGAGGGCAGCCUUGCCCUGCCAGAGGUGGACCAAUGACUUUAUGAAAAACCCAGCCUGUGAUUUUUCAGUCUAAGCAUUAAAAGUUCCUAAAUCUU